CCACACUAACUUUAUUACUCUCACCUCGAUGCAUCAUACGUAGAUACUAGAGUAUUGAUGAAAACAUAUUAAAAAAAAAAAAAAUUUCAUUUACUCUUCUGAGAGUUUUUCCUGUUGCGAUACCUCAUACCUAACGCCCACCACCACGCACCGAGAACCAGAUCCCACCCAGGUCCUCUCAGUUAUUUUCAGAAGUUCACUACGGCGUGUUCUUCCGAUAGGUGGUCGAAAGAAUAUAAAGAGGUUAUAGAAAUCCAUAUUGCCUACCGAGGGCCGCAUCGGUCGUGGUAUAGCUAGAAGCAUGUUAGAGCCAUGGGAUGAAGUUAUUGCCCUCAAGAAGGAGCACAAACUUUGCGCCGAUGACGUACAAUCCAUCCAAACGUCAUGUAUUAAGGAGCAUGGCAAGAAACACCCCAUUGAGUGCGCGGAUUGCUGGACUCGCCUACUCAACCGCAUAAGAGAUCGUUACUUGAACUCUGCCUCUAAGGAGUGGUUUUCGGGCCGGCGGCCCUUUCUACUCGAGCUAGAUACAUUGUUCUCCAAAGCUCACAACCUUGAGGUCGACCUAAAAACUAUCGAACAGCGUAUAGUUGAUGAGAAGAAGGAAUGGUACCGAGACAAAGUGAAGAACAUGGGGCUCCAGCAUGCGACCAAAUCCCCAUCUGAGGAACGAGCUCUGCAACAGAGAAUCGGCGACCGGAGCAUUCCAGUGGACCAACUCGCCUCGGAACUGAGGGAGGCCUUUAGUGAUGGCUUCAUCCAGAACCAAAUGGCGUUCGACGGCUUCGUGGAGCGUUUAAGACUGGCGGAGAAGUCGACCCAAGCGCGAAACGAGGCCUAUAUAAAUAUCUUCUUCCAACCUGAACAUGAUCCCUCUGGUGUUAAAAAGUCACAAAAGUACAUCGAGUUGAUUAGAAAAGGAACACCAAUCGUCGAGGUAAUAAGUGCCAUGAUUCGCGAUCGUCAUUCGGCCAAGGGUGAUCAGGACCAAAAGCAAGCACUUCACAAGAAGCUUGAGGAACUAAAAAGAGCCAAAGCAGCUCACGAGCUCGACAAAGCACGGAGAGAUAAAGCUCGUCAGGAUAGGGCUAGAGCUGCCGUACCCUCCAAUAGCCAACACGACCUCUCGCCUUGCUCCGCCUGCUCGAACCCCCCUAAUGCGCAAGAUUUUUUUAUAUGUCCCUUAUGCCAACUACUUAGCGAUCAUUACGGGUUUCAAAUUGAACCCGUGAUAUUUUGCUCACAGGAGUGCGAGGAUGAGUGCUAUGAACUACAUAUGAGCGCAACACACGAAUGUGCUUCAGACCAAGGCUGCGUUCGUCUUCACGACGAAGACGUGGAAAUGGACGAGGGUGUCGCCGUUCUAGUAUUUUGCAGAGAAUGCGUAGAAACUCUCGGCGUUCCCUCCGUCUUCUGCUCGUCCCGUUGUUUCAAUGAGAACUUCCAACGGCACCGUGAUAAUAUCCAUCUCCCCAAACGAAAGAUUGGCCAACACGAGGCGAAUGAUGAAGGUCAACUUGAAUUCGACCCGGAGGAUAGGACGAGAUAUCAAGCGAGAAGAAUAGAGGAGCACCUGGUAGCAUUUGAUGACGCUAUAGCGGAAUGGCAACAGAAGACGGGUGUGAUUGUGAAAUAAGGAUCCUGAAACCGAACACUAUUUCUUGAUACCUAAGCUGAAUGAGCAAGCCCGAGGAAAAAUAAGCUUCUAUUCGAAACCGCACAGCUUUCGGAAUAUCGGAAUCCGAACUGAUGCACAACAAAGUUCUACAUACGCUAUAUAUUGGGAGGCCAUUCUACGGUUUUCGUUGGCAGUAGUACGACCUAGACAGGUACCAUACCGCAGAUCAAUAGGCUCACAAAAAUAAUAUCCGACCGUCUCAUCCCCCCAUGCCUUAAGAAUACCAUAGGUACCUAGGCAAUUGCAGUGACAUAAACUCGCCGGGUCUCGAUCCACAUGGUACCUAGAUGUACAUGCCUGUACCUGUCGUAUAUUUUUAACCUCGGUGCUGUUGAAGAUGAAUGGAUGAAUGCCG